AGGAGAUGUCUCAGCCCGGGGGCAACGAUCUGCCAGCUAUGUUCCCUGGAGGGAACCCUUCCUCUGGGGCCUCCGGGUCCAUGGUGAAAAAGCUCCGGUUGGCGAAGAAGGCCAUCAGGAGUACCUCUAAGUCCCCUGCAAAGGGGAAAAACCAGGCUUCGACAACCCAGGAGAAAGUGCCUCCGCCCCCUCCUGCAAUGAAGAUGCCUCCUCCUCCCCCGCGAGUUCCCGACUCUGCUCGGGAAAUGGAGGUGCCCCCCGAGACCUUGUCAACCACAACCCCUGAGGUGUGCGUCCCGGUGAACCCCCGGGCUUUGGAGAAGAUCCCCGACAUCUUUCGGGGGACGGUCUACGAGACGGCGAGCUACACCGUGGACCAUUACUACAAUGCCGCCGAGAGGGACCUACGGGCGAUUGAGACAAGGAGCCCGGAGAACGUGAUGGAGUCUUCACUGGGGAUGGCUCUCACGGGUGUCUUGGCUCUCCAUCGGAGCAUAUCCCGAUCUAGGGCUCGGCUCGAGGAUAUGAGGGGCGAGCACUAGAAAACUUUGGCUGCCAUUAAGACUGCCCAAAAGCAUGAACAGGAUGCCAAGGAUGCCCUGGCGACUGCGCAGGCCGAGCUGGACGCAUCUCGACCUAAGUUGUAGGAGGCCGAGGCCACCAAGGCUGCUCUAGCCACCGCGAGGACUGAGCUCGAGGAGGCCAGGGCCGCUCGGGUCGCACUGGACGCCACGAAGGCCGAGGCCGAGGAGGCCAAGGCUGCCCUGGUGACGGAGAGGGCAGCCACUAGCUCCUCCAUGGAGGCUUUGCUGUACCAUUGUUGGGUCUAUAACCCAGAUGGUGACUUCUCCUUUAUGGGGGCGGACGCAUGGGACAGCUCCUUGGAGAAGUUCAAAGCUCGCCUUCAGCAAGAGGCGCCCUUCGAGACCGGGGAGACCUCCGCAGCCACCGAGCAGGAAGGCGAGGUGGUGACCUCAUCGGAGUAGCCUGGCGGGGCCUAGGACUUCUUUUCUUUCUACCCUUCGAACAACAUAUUUUUUUUUGUGACUUUGUAUGAGGUUUUCUAAC